AUGUGGCGGCUGCCGCCAGAGCUCUGGCUCAAAAUCUGCGCCUACCUUGACCUCCCCGACGCAGCUAGGCUCCGCCUCGGCUGCCGGACUCUUAGCGCCAUCGGCGCUCCCUUCGUCUUGCGGGAGGUCUCCGUCUCCUCGAACUCGGACGCUUUUGACCUGCUCCGUGCCGUCGCAAGCGACCCCAUCAAGGCCGCGUCCAUCCGGUCCCUGGUGUAUGGCCCGGGGCGUUUCUACCCCCUGGAGCACCCAGACAUCAAAGUAACCAACUAUGUCCCUCAGAGUUCCGGUUUGAUCAGCGAGGCGACACUACAGGCCCUCGACAAGUACAAGAAGGCCUGCCGGAACCAGGCUCUCAUCCUAAGCCACGACCUGGACUACGAGCUCUUCGCCGACGUGCUGCCCCGGCUGACAGGCCUGCGCAGCUUCAUCAUCAACUGCGAGGCCGGCCGGCCCGAGCACACAACCACACACAAGGGCAGCAGCAGCAGCAGCAACCGCCCAAACAGCUGGGCAUCAUGGCGCCCACCGACGCGGCACCCGCACCCGCAUCACGGCAAACCCGGCCGCCGCGCCCUGGCCUCGCUGCUCCGGGCCAUCGCCGUCGACGACAACAGCAGCAGCAGCAGCGGAACCGUCACCUUCCCGUCGCUCAAAGCGCUCGGUCUGAGCUGGGAGUCCCUCGAAGACCUAGGCUGGGCGACCACCCGGCGGCCGCAGCUCACCCCCUUUUUCACGGGCAUCCGCAACCUAAGUCUCCAGUUCUGCCUAUGCGGCGUCUUCCGCCGCGAUGAUGCACCGCGGCCCUGGGGCGGGCCGGGGCCGGGAGACCUGCACCAGACUCCUCCGCGUGAAGACCUGCGGCGGUACGCGCGGCUUCUGGGCUCAGAGGGCGCGCUGCCGGCGUUUCUGGCGGCGAUGCCGAGUUUGACUUCGCUCGCGAUCAGUUUCUGCUAUGGGCUGGGGCCUACUAAUAUCUCGCUUGUUGCAGGGGAUGAUGAUGGGAAGGGAAAGCAGCAGCGCUGGCCGUGUCUCGAAUCGAUCAGUCUAGGCGGGCUGAAUCUACCUAGAUCCAUGCUGAUGGACUUUUUGGGCAGCCACAAAGCCACGCUGCGCAGGAUCGAGUUGUUUUCGGUUGGGUCGGACGGGGACUGGCCUGAGAUGCUGAGGGAGAUGAGGGGGAUGUUGGCGCUCGAGGAUGCUGCGGUGUGGACGAGGAUCUAUAAUGAUGCCGGGCAGUGGCAUCUGGGGCGGCCCAUGGCCAGUGGCGCCGCGAAGGGGGAGGCGUGGAGAGGCGAGCAUGUCAAUUUGGCGACGGCUGUGGCGAGGUAUCUGGUCAAUGGUGGUGAGUGUCCUGUUACAGAGAGGAAUAUGAUUCCUGGGACGACGUCGUUGGUUCGGGGGUGCUAUACGUGUAGUUUGUACUAG